UAUUGAGCUCUCAGCGGAAGAGUGGGGAUCGCUUUGCGCACUGUACACGUAAGGCAAUAAACCAAUAAAUCGCUUCUGCGCAGGUGAAGGUCAGGGCUCAAUAUCCGUGCCGAUAACUAUAAUUGGACCGAUUUUUUGUUGGACUAUCUGGCUAGGAUUUUCUGACCGACAUUUCGUAGGACGUGUGCAGUAUGGCUAUCAGUGUGUUCUAUUUUUGUCUUACUAAAAAUCGGUUUAUAGAGGACGUAAGCGGACAGCCUAAACGUACAUAGACGCCUAAGAGGGUAAAAGAAAGAUUUGAGGUGGUACAUCUAGGACGCAUUUUACUACGACUAAAAAAAUAAAAAUAUUUGGGGAAAAAUGCGUUUAUAGGUUUUCAGUCUAAGACGUUGCAUCCCUUAUUGUAUACCGUCGUAAGACGAUAGACGUCGCGUAUGUAACUGGAUUCAGAGCUGUAGUAAUAUGUAUUAUCAUUUAUGUACAUUUUAUGUAUGUAUGUAUAUAUUUACAUUUAGGUACUUAAAAAUAAUUAAAUGAUUAAAUACUUACUCUUUUAUAAGCACAGAGAGCACAGUUUUUUUGUGAUUUCUGACAGCUGUAGGGAAUGUCAUUUUAGACGUUAUUAUAAUUUCUUUUCCGUGGUCGUCGCAUUUGGCAUUUUUAUUUAACAAUUUAUCUUAGAAUAUUUUAUUUUCUAAUUAGUUGUUUAUUUGAUAAAGCCAUUCUGUGAGCAAAUUACAAAAAUGGAAACUACACUUACAACAUUCCCUGAGAAGGAUAUGUGUCCUGUGAUCACGGAAGAACUCGGCGCUUUCAUAAGAGCCACAAGAGAUGCAAAGAAAGUAGCACCGAAGACAGAAGAGCCGAAACCAGAAGAGCCCAAGCCAACGAAAGAAGAACAGAUAUCACAAGAGGAUGCGCAAGCUAAAGCUGAGAAGAAACAUGCGAUGGAAGCGCGGUACAGGGAGCUACCGCAGCCUCCCCCGUCACGACCGCAGGACGAAGGACCUUCUAGAAAAGAGUUGCUCGGCCAGGAAUUAUCAGCCUUGAAACCUGGGCCUGACGGCAAAGUUGACUGGACACCACUCGCAGAGCUCUCAGGCACUAGACCAUCGGUAAACAAAUAUUCUAUCAGUAGAUACUCUCUGGAAGAAUGGAGAAAGCACAAUGAUAAAGUAUUGAGUAAAGAAACUAUUAAUGAGUCUAAUAUUAUCGACUACAAUGCUAAGACGUCUAUGAUGCAAGCUUUCGGUACCAUCGAUAAACAACAGUUAGAAAACAACAAUAGGCUCAAACAAAAAGCCAAAGAUAUUUAUCGAUGGAAGGUUGAGGUAGAACGAGCAUGCAAAAUGAUAUCUGACGAAGUCGAAUUGCUAGAAAUUGAAAGGCAACGUCUUAAAGGCGCAUCCAGGGUGUUGAUGCUUCCCGAAUCAAUUUCAAGACAGUGCCUAGAAAUGCGUUCCUAUCGAUCGGAACCAGACCUUGUCGCUGAUCUCGCUGAUGAACAGCUGGUCAAAGAAAUGAAACUUGUUACUGAAGUCAGAGAAACUUUGCAGACAACAUUGGACAAAAUAGAAGAACAAAUGAAGGUAAACAAGGCAGCAAAGCACAGGAUUGAAUUCGACUGGUGUGACAAGACUAUGGCUUACAAUGCAGAUACUAUAAACUUGAGCCUUAAUGCGAAAUCCAACACUCUGUUGUUUAGACCUGGAGCUACAAGAUUCGGUGACUUCACCGCACCUCUAGAGUACUGGGAGUUCUUCUGCAGAGAAACUAUCGAAAACAUAGAAACUGUACGGCAGAAGUCCGUUGACCUUAGAAGUAGCUUGAAUGCUAUUUUAAUAAAUAACGGACGAAAAUUACGCAUGCAAGCUGACAAGACUGAUGUCGCGUUAGCUGAAACUGUUGCUCUUACUACGGAACUAUGUACGAAACUGAAGGAAAACUUAAUAGCUACAUUGCAGAAAAUCGCUGACAUGGAGCUUUUGAUACAAGAACUUCAAGAUGCGGUUAAAAAGACUGAUGCAGCUAUGAAAUUAGCUCAAACGAGGUUAGACAAUAGGAAUAAUUGGAGACCUCAUGGAGAGAAUGUGAGGGACCAAGCGCAUCUUGGAUUGAUCGAGGAGGUGAAGAAAAUUCACGAGACGGUCACAUCGCUGCUGGGACAGAUAAGAAAUGCUGAGAGAGUGCGACAGGAUCUGAUAGCUAAGAGGAAAGAGUUGGAGAAGGAUAUCGCAUCUAAAAACGAGACUCUCAUCAUAGAUAGAGAGAGAUGCGGGAAGGUUCGAUCUCAUUAUCCAUCUGCUUCAGAAUUGGCUGGAUUUUAA